AUGGUCAAGGCCACGCGCCUGCUGCAGACCAUCCGUGGCCCCGUCGAUAUGCUCUUUGCCAAUUUUGAGAACGUACAUACCCUGCCCUGCGCCUUGGAUACGAGAGAGACACUGACGAAAAUAGAUGGCCAGCAUGGGUGCCCUCCGCACCCUGCUCGAAGCCGGCGUCUUCCACGCUAUGCCCACGGGCGGACAAAGCAUCUCCGCCAAAGACAUAUCCGCGAAGACUGGAAUGGACAAGGAGCUGAUUGGUAUAUCUCUUCUGUGACCCCCCGAAACCCCCAGAAUGAGAAAAAGAGGCCAGCUGACGCGACAGUCCGACUGAUGCGCGCCCUCACCCCCCUCGGUCCCUUCCGCGAAACCGGCGAGGAGGAAUACGCCCACACCCCGUUCUCCGAAAUCUACAUGGUGCCGCAGAUGAACGCCAUCUUCAAGGUGCUAUCUCACCUGGGAUCGAUCCUGAUGUUUGACAGAGUCGACGAGUACUGCCCGCCCAUGCUCCGUAACCACGAGUUCCUGGCCAGGAACAACUGGAAGAACACCAUGACGCUGACCGACAACCCCUACACACACGUACACAACUGCACCGGGCAGACCAUGUUCGAUUACAUCUCGCAGUUUCCCGAGCGGCUGAGCCGGCUCAACGACGCCAUGAUGGCGCAGGACUCGGCGCUCGUCGUGCACGGUCUGUACCCGUUCACGCAAGAGCUGGGGCCUCUGGCGCGCGACGACGGAGUGACGAUCGUGGAUGUCGGUGGUGGACGCGGGCAUAUCCUGCGACAGAUUCGGGAGACGGAGCCGGACCUCAAGGGCCGCUUCAUCCUGCAGGAUCGGCCGAUUGUGAUCGAGGAGAAUGGGCGCGAGCUGGAAUCGCAUGGCAUUGAGCCUAUGGCGCAUGACUUUUUCCAGCCGCAGCCUGUAAAGGGUAUGGGCCCCCUCCCUGUCCCCUCCUUUCCUGACUGCCUGAGACUGAAUGGAAUAGGUGCCUUGGUUUACUACGUCCGCCGAGUGUUCCACGACUGGCCGGAUGACGAGGUCCGACAGAUCCUGGUGAAUCUGGCGGCGGCGAUGGCGCAGCACUCGCGCAUCCUGAUCGUCGAGUUCAUCAUGCCUGAAGUCGGGGCCACCAUGUCCAAUGCGUACAUGGACCAUACGAUGAUGACCUUUGCCGGGGUCGAGCGGACCGAGAAGAACUUUGCGAGCCUGUUGGACCAGGCUGGGUUGAAACUGGUCAAGACGUGGAGGGCACCUGGAGUCCCUGUCGGGGUUGUCGAGGCUAGAUUGCAGUGA